AUGCAUGUUUACGUUGAUCCUCUUUCAGGAAAGCGUCCGUGCUGUAGUGGACUAGGUCACGGAGGAAGUGAUGAAUCUUUGGUUGAUGGUGUGAUCACCAGUGAGGACGCUCUGCUGCUUCCUGACCACGUACCAGUGCUCCCACACAAACUGGAGAAAGAGACCCCUACUCCUGUCAGUGGUCCUCCUCCUCCAGACACUAUCGCUAACGGAUCCUUACCUGUCUGCACGCCGCCCACUGCCUCGCGUAAACCCGAGUGCGACGGGCACAGCAAACCCCACAAGAAGCGCCCCUCAUCCACCCUUAAAAGCCAGCAGAGUCUGAAAAGCAGCUCCACUCAGAUACAACAAGCAGCCGGUAACGACUGCUGCGUACACUGCGUCCUAGCCUGUCUGUUUUGCGAGCUGGCGUCCCUGUGCUCGGCGCUCACCCAGUGUUUGGCCUGCGGGGCGGAGUGUGACGCCGUGUGUUGCUGUGGCGAGGCGUGCGGCGGUCUCAUCUGCUGCUCCGAGGAUCCGUGCUCCGCCAUCCUGGACUGCGCCAUCCUGGAGGACUGCUGCCAGUCCUCGGACUGCAUGGAGAUCUGCCUGGAAUGCUGCUCCAUCUGCUUCCCUACUUAGAGAGCCGAACGGUCACGGGGGGCACGAGACGGACGUCAGUGACACUGAAAAUUUUAGGGGUGGCACAGGAAGAACACAAAAGCCUUAACUGAACUUCAGGAAGUCUGUUACGCUGUUGUUGUGUGUAGACUUGUUGAUAACUAUGUCAUGCAGCAUAGUAUGCAUAUGCAAGUCAGUUCUUUGUGCUGGGGCCACUAGGGUCCUGCUGGCACCCCUUAACAGCACUUCUGAGAGACAGGACUGAGAGUAAGACAGUCUGUGCAAAAUUUCACAUGUGAUAAUGAUGUGUGAUAUUGUGAAGUUCCAAUAGUCAUGUGCUAACUCUAUUUAUACGGGCUUGGGACCUGCACUGAGAGCGCACUGACUGACAAGUGCACCUCCCAAUGGCUAGGCAGUUUCAGCCACCCCCUUUUCCCCUUUUCCAACAUUAGCCAAUCAGCUCCAUGCUGACACCCGACCGGCUGAUAGCACUGCUGGGAUUCGAACCCUGGAUAUACAGUAGCUAUAACAGCCACAUUCUGCGAAGGCUUUUCACUAGACUUCAAUGGGGCUGAUGAGUUUGGCACAAGUGAUACAAAAAUAACUGACCUGUUCACCGAAUCGAGUGGCUGCAAUUUCCUUCGGGCUUGUAGAAUUUCACAGACUGCCUCCACUUCGGUCUGUGGGCAGAGAGGGCAUUUAAUAAACAGAGAUUUUUAAAAAAGAGGUUAAAAUGCUCGUCGAGCAAGGGGCCGUUAAUGUAAACACAGACACGUUAUGAUAAUGUGAGCUACAAGGAGCUACACAAACACUCGGACUAAACCACAUCACUUCACGCAGGACAAAUAAAUGUAAUAAAGAUUGGGAGAAUGUUCAGGGCUGAGCUGGAGCAGAAGGAAAACAGGAUGUAAAGACAAAACACGUUAUGUUAAAAUAGUUCUCUAGUUACUUUUUGUGCAUAUAGUGAAACAUAAAAGGGCGCGUCUCGCUAGAGAGAAAGCGAGGCGAAUUCUAAUGCACAAAUUCAAUCCUAGGUAGAAAAUUACUGAAGCUAAAGAUCCACUGACUUAAAAGUAACAAACAAUAAAACAAAAAUACGACGUCCACAACCCGCUACGGAGAACAGGGGAGAGAACACGGAUAGCGCAGCAAUGAGAGCUGGAUGCUGCGAUAUGUGACGGAAUUGCACCUCGCCAUCCAUGACCAGCCAAGCUUUCGGAAAGAAGGACAGUAGGAAACGCCUCCUUUGCCUUGGUUCCAGCCCUGCCUCACCUCAUAAAAUAGGGACGUCAGGCCGCUACUGGGGCGUUCUGCUCUCCCUGGACGUGCUUCACGCGAGGCCCAAACCAUACCCCCAGAGAAACGGGUCAAGUCAGCGGAAAAGCAAAGCGGACCAAGUGAUAUGACAUGACUCCUUCAAGAGAAAGUAACAGGACAGGAAGAAACCGUGAUAUGUAUAGAAAACCUUCCACCUGGGGCACAUCAGCAAAUGAGAAUGAGAGGUCACACUCUGACUCCCUUUGCCUCCCAAAAUAGGCCGCACAGCAGGGCAUGACUCUUAACGUGUCCAUCCCGUUUCACAUAGUGUGCUAAAAAUAGAAAGAUCAAACAAUUUGAAUCAAAUAUGCACCAGAUGUGACUGCCAAUUUAUAUUAUAUUUUGUUUAUUUAGCAUAAAAGUGGGGAAACAUUAAAUGUGAAAUGUGCGUGUAGUCCUUCAGUGCUCCAGAUGUUUGGGGACAAAAGUGUGUUUUUAUAUGAUGUUAAAAUGGACUCGGGUUAAAAACCUCAUUACGGAUUCAAAUUGGAAUAAGGAAAUCUACUUCAAAUGCGAGGAGAUCCCCCUUGAUUCUCAUGAUGGUCAGUUUGGGUCAUUGGGCAUCAUAACAAGGAGAUGUGAGAUAUGGGGUUCUGGACAUCACAAAACUUCAGAUUGUGCUUUAGCUGCACUUUUAUUCUGCUGCUGUCCUAAAAACAUUAGGAACCCUGCUUCAAAACCUGCAAGAUCUUCCUCAGUCCUCAUCAACACGCACUUAAAAACAAUGAUUGAAACAAACUGUAGGUUAGUGGCACUGAAACGACCGUGUGCCAGCGGGCACUGGGACGUGUUUUUAAACAUCGCUGGACCUCACUGUGGACCGGAGAUGGGCAGGAAGGCUGUGCUCCAGAUACAAAAGUGCCAAAACAGGAUGUAGGGGAAGUGACUGAGAUGACAGUGUUGGUUGAGAGGAUAAGACCCGCCGCUCCACCCCGAUGCCGCACUUCAAAGCGCCGCGAGAGCGCCAGGUCCAGGCAGACAGGAAGCAGCUUAACCAAAACAACAGCACUCACGGGAGUACCACGACAGGAGAUCUGGCAUGAUCACCACAGCACACGGGAGAGAAUUUAUAGAUAUAAAUAAA